AUGGCUUCUUUCCUCAGUUACACACUCAUCUCCUUUUAUUUCAUCCUUUUCCUCGCAUUAGCCGGUAAUUCAAAUGGAUCUUACUCCGAGGAGCUCUCCGAGGGCAUCGUGAUGAAGCAAACGGAGAAAACUACACACCUCCAUUUCUACUUCCAUGACAUUCUCAGUGGGAACGAUCCAAGCGUUAUAAGAAUUGCUGGAACGCCCGACUAUUCAAGUUUUGGCGAUACUUAUGUGAUCGAUGAUGCCCUGACCGAAGGGCCCGACCCCACCUCGAAGCUCAUAGGAAGAGCACAAGGAAUGUAUGCUGUGGCAACACAACAUGAAAUGGCAUUGCUCAUGGUUAUAAAUUAUGCUUUCAUAGAAGGAGAGUAUAAUGGGAGUAGUAUUAGUAUUCUUGGGAGGAACCUAGUGAUGAAUGAUGAGAGAGAUAUGCCAAUCGUUGGAGGCAGUGGGCUGUUUAGGUUUGCUAGGGGGUAUGCCUUGGCACAUACAGCUUGGUUUGAUGUUAAGACGGGAGAUGCCACUGUUGAGUAUAAUGUAGAAGGUGCUCUCGGCGGUAACGGUGCUGCUGCUGAGAUGGUAGAUCUCACUUUUGCUCUGCCUCCCGGUGCCACGACAGAAUCCUGUAACUAG